AUGGCGCUCUCUAUUGCCAUUCUGGAUUGUGACUUGCUGUUACAUGGUCGUGGUCACAAGACACUGGACCGAUUUGACGUGGGCUCGGUAUCAGAUGACUUCCUCCUUACACAGUUUGGCUUCCCCAGAGAGUUCAUCUUGUACUUGGUGGAAUUACUCAGAGAGUCACUCUGUAGACGCACACAGAGGUCUAGAGCCAUCAGUCCCGAGGUCCAGGUUCUGGCCGCGUUGGGCUUCUACACAUCAGGCUCUUACCAAACAUCAAUGGGAGACACUAUUGGAAUCAGCCAAGCAUCCAUGUCCAGAUGUGUGUCCAAUGUAACCAAAGCUUUGGUUGAGAAAGCUCCCCAGUUUAUCACAUUGAAUAGAAACACAGUAAUUCGAGAGCAGACCUUCCAGGAAUUUCAGAGGGUGGCGGGAUUGACGGGGGUUCUCGGAGUGUUGGAUCGUGUUCAGGUCGCCAUUAAGGCUCCAAACAGCGAAGACUCGUCAUACGUGAACAAGAAGGGAUUUCACUCCAUUGGCUGUCAGCUUGUUUGUGAUGCUAGAGGCUUGUUACUCAGCGCAGAAACCCACUGGCCCGGUGGGCUUAAAGCUGUAGAUGUACUGGAAAGAUCUGCCCUUUACAAAGAACUGCAGGAAACUGAGGAGGGCUAUUUGCUGGGUGACAGCAGUUAUCCUUUAAAGAAAUGGUUGAUGACCCCGGUGGAAUGCCCCGAAUCUCAUGCAGAGUUUGGAUACAAUCUUGCUCAUACGGCUACACAUGAGAUUGUGGAGGAUAGAACAUUUCGGGCCAUCCAAACUAGAUUUAGAUGUUUAGAUGGCACCAAAGGAUAUUUGCAGUACUCACCAGAAAGGAGUUCAUCCAUCGUGCUGGCUUGUUGUGUUCUCCACAACGCCUCUCUGCAGUCAGGAUUAGACGCCUGGACUCUGGAAAGGACAGACCCCCUAGAGCAGCCCGAAACUUUAGAGCAGAGACCUGAAGACCGUGACAGUCAAGCUGAAGAGGUGCGCAAACAACUCAUUCUUAAACACUUCAGCUAA